AUGCCGCUCGUUCAGAUACUGCUACUGCUAAUGCUACUCCUGGUACUGUUGCUGCUACAACUGGUUAUUUUUGUUGAGGGGAAGGGCACGGGGGUCUCCGAUGAGAACCGUGCGGACCCGGAGACUCUGAGGGGCUGCUCGCUGGCCCGGAUGAAGCGGCCGCUCCCGGGGUGCCGACUUUUCCGAAGUGAAGGGACUUUUUCAAGUUCAGCCACCGCCACCGCCACCGCCACCGCCACCGCCACCGCCACCGCCACCGCACCAGCAUCGUCCAGUGGAAUUUGUCCCCAGAUCAACGGCGGCUGCGUCAACUCCAACCCGCCCUCCUGCUCGGUAGGCUCGCAGUGCCGCAUUGCAGCUCUUCUUCACGGCGCAAAGGCACAGGCAGCUGCGGCACAAUGCGGCGGCAGCGCCACCACCCGCAGCGAGCCCUCGUGCGACAAUGCGAAUGUGUGAGAUGACAGGAUAUCGCGCAGUCCCCGUGUACGGCCGUCGUAAUUGUACGGCAUAAAACACCUCCGAACACGGUUUCUUCUAUCAUCUCUUGGUUGUGCCGGUCUUCACAGACAGACAUUCAUAAACAACCAAAAAGGACAGAAAAAGCCGCGGCCGGACACGGAGGAGCCCCGGCUGGCUGGUUGGCUGGCCAAGAGCCUUGGCAAGUUGGGGAUUUAGGGGGAGAGGACAAUCCAGGAAAAAUGUUGUAUCUUAGGGCGCAAGAUGCGCGACGGAUGGGGGUGACGGUGGAU